AAUUUUGUAGCAAGGUGGCAACGCAGACGGGCCGGUAAAACGCCACAUCAGUUUUUCGCCUUAAAUUUAAUUAUCAAAUAGAGUGCGUGCGAAAGAUAAAGUUCUUUAAUAUUGCUUUAACUCGCCAUAAAUUGAACAUUAAAUUGCAAUCUCUGCGUCAUGUGCGCGUAACAAACAGCGGUACACGAUACGCACAAUAACAAAAAUGUUACGUCUUGUGUGUGUUUUUCUGGCGACGACGGCGACGUUGACGUUGUUAAGACCUGCUUGUGUAUUGGCUGCGUCUGCCGAGUCCAGUCAAAGUUAUCCAAUUACGACACUCAUUAAUGCAAAAUGGACGCAAACGCCAUUAUAUUUAGAGAUUGCCGAGUAUUUGGCGGACGAGCAGACGGGUCUGUUCUGGGACUACGUAAAGGCUGUGACGGCAUUGGAUACUGCGCUCAACGAUUACGAUACGGAGUCGCAGCAGUAUAAUGCCGCCUUGCAGCUUGUGCGCACGCACGUGAGUGCGCCUCAGUUACCGCUGCUGAAACUGGUCGUCUCCAUGCACAGUUUAACGCCGCGCAUUCAAACACACUUUCAGCUGGCCGACGAACUGCGUGCGGCGGGCGCCUGUCAGGGUGCCAUCUACGCCCAGGUGGGCACCGAGCUCGCCUGCAACUUUGCGGAGCUCGAACAAAAGCUUAAGCUGCCUCGUGCUGAGAGCAGUUUGGAUGCGGACGUUUUAAGCUAUAGCUUUGAUCACAUUUAUCCUGGCAGCGAGAACAAUACACGCACCGUGGUUCUCUAUGGCGAUUUGGGCAGUGCCGCAUUUCGGCCAUAUCACAAACUGCUGGAAAAUGCUGCCAAUGCUGGAAAAGUGCGUUAUCUACUGCGCCAUCAGCUGGCCGAGCGAAGUGGGCGACCCGUCCGCUUGUCAGGUUACGGCGUUGAGCUACAUUUGAAAUCGACGGAGUACAAGAGUCAGGAUGAUGCACCCAAGCCGGAAGCGGGCAAUGGCAGCUCUGCCGCUAACGAGGAAUCCACAAAUGAAACGGAUGUUCAAGGCUUCGACUUUAAACUGCUCAAGGCCAAGCAUCCAGCGCUGAAGAAUGCGCUGGAUCAACUGCGUCAGCGUCUGUUGCAGGGCAACGAUGAGAUCGCCCAGCUCAAAGCGUGGGAAUUCCAAGAUUUGGGUCUACAAGCUGCGGCAGCUAUAGCGGAAAUUCAAAGCGACGAAGCGCUGCAGAUUCUCCAAUAUACUGCCCACAAUUUCCCCAUGCUGGCGCGCACUCUGCUCGCCCAUAAAGUGUCAGAUGAGCUGCGUGCUGAGAUUAAGCACAAUACGGAAGUGUUGGGUCGCAGUCUGAAUGUGGCGCCGCCAGAUGGUGCUCUGUUCAUCAACGGCUUAUUCUUCGAUGCGGACACCAUGGACUUAUACACGCUGGUGGAAACACUGCGCUCUGAAAUACGCGUCCUGGAGAGUCUACACGGCAACAAUGUGCAUGGCAGCCUGGCCAGCGCAUUGCUGGCCCUUGACUUGAAUAGUGCGAGCAAGCGUGAAUUUGCCAUCGAUAUCCGGGAUACGGCGGUCCAGUGGAUCAAUGAUAUUGAACAGGAUGCACAGUACAGACGCUGGCCGGCUUCGGUCAUGGAUUUGUUGCGUCCCACAUUUCCGGGCAUGUUGCGCAACAUACGCAAAAAUGUUUUCAAUUUGGUGUUGGUGGUGGAUCCGUUGCAGCAGGAGGCACGCAGUGUCAUCAAAUUGUCGGAAUCCUUUGUUAUCCAUCAGGCGCCCAUUCGCCUGGGUCUGGUUUUCGAUGCUCGAGCUGUGGAACCGGACACAGCGGCCGAUUAUGUGGCCAUUGCUUGUGCCUUUAAUUAUGUGAGCCAACAGAAGGAUGCCCGUGCCGCACUCAGUUUCCUCACCGACAUCUAUGCAGCUGUGGGCGAAACAGCUGCCGUCACCAGGAAGCACAUCGUUAACCAACUGACCAAGGAGUUCAGCUCGCUGAACAGCAAAAAAGCCGACGAACUGCUCGGCGAGGAAUCCGAUUACGAUUACGGCCGUCAGCUGGCUGCGGAAUUUGUGCAACGUUUGGGCUUUGGAGCAGUGGGUCAACCCCAAGCGCUGCUCAACGGUGCACCCAUGCCGAGCAAUAUCAUCAGUGCGGACAGCGAUUUCGAGGAGGCCAUCUUCUCGGAGAUCAUGAGCCAGACUACGGCUCUGCAAAAGGCCGUGUAUCGUGGCGAGCUGACCGACAGCGAUGAGUUGAUCAAUUACCUGAUGAAUCAGCCGCAUGUCAUGCCGCGUCUCAAUCAGCGCAUUCUCAGCCAAGAGGAUGCCAAGUACCUGGAUAUUAAUGGUGUUGCUGCCAAGCAGCUGGGAAAUGCGGCUGCUCUGAAUAAGCUCUCCAAUCGUGACAUGACCGCCACGCUGAUGGCAAAUCUGAAAUACUUUGGCGGCAAGCAGAGCACUGAACGCAUAGGCAGCGCCUCGUUGCAGUUCCUCACGCUGUGGGUCUUUGCCGAUCUGGAAACAGAUGAUGGGCGUGAGUUGCUCACCCAUGCCCUGGAUUAUGUGCGUGGCAGCGAAAGUGUCCGUUUGGCAUUCAUACCCAAUACGGAGGGUGCGAGUGAUAAGCGUAGUCUGAAUCGUUUGGCCUGGGCGGCAAUGCAUUCGCUGGAGCCGGCCAAGGCUACUGAGCAGGUGCUCAAAUGGUUGCGCCAAAAGAAGAAUCAACGCGUUGAGGAUAUACCCAAACCAAUGGAGGAUGUGCUGGGCAGCACGGAGUUGCAUAUGAAAAUGUUGCGCGUAUAUGCGCAACGUGUCUUGGGUUUGGCCAAGUCCCAGCGUCUGGUGAUUGGCAAUGGGCGUCUCUAUGGGCCACUCGGCGCCGUGGAGACCUUCGAUAGUGCCGACUUUGCGCUGCUGGCACGCUACAGUGAUCUCCAGUAUGGUGAUAAGGUGCGCGAGGUGCUCAAGGAGUCGGCCAUGGAAGUUCAUGUCGAUUUCAACAGCGAUACGCUGCUCAAGCUUUACGCCAGUUUGCUGCCACGUCAAACCAAGACUCGCUUCAAGCUGCCCAGCGAUCUGAAAACGGAUCACUCUGUCGUCCAGUUGCCGGCAAAGCAACAAAACUUACCACACUUUGACAUUGCCGCCGUAUUGGAUCCCGCGUCGAGGGCGGCACAGAAACUGACACCGAUCAUCAUUUUGCUGCGACAAACGCUGAACUGCCAGCUGCAGUUGUAUCUGACGCCCGUUGCCCAACAUAGCGAUAUGCCUGUCAAGAAUUUCUAUCGCUAUGUCGUCGAAUCCGAGGUGCAAUUCGAGGCGAGUGGCGUCCGUGCUGAUGGACCUCUGGCCAAAUUCAGCGGAUUGCCGGCAAAUCCGUUGCUCACCCAGCAGCUGCAGGUGCCCGAAAACUGGCUGGUUGAAGCGGUCCGUGCUGUCUACGAUCUGGAUAACAUUAAGCUGCGCGACAUUGGCGGUCCGGUGCACAGUGAAUUUGGCUUGGAGUAUCUGUUGCUGGAGGGUCAUUGCUUUGAUGCCGCAAGCGGUGCACCGCCGCGUGGCUUGCAACUUGUGCUGGGCACUAAGACGCAACCGUCGUUGGUGGACACCAUUGUGAUGGCCAAUUUGGGCUAUUUCCAGCUGAAGGCAAAUCCGGGCGCUUGGACUUUGCGUCUACGCGAGGGCAAAUCCACGGAUAUCUAUGCCAUUAGCCAUGCGGAGGGACCCAACACACUGCAUCAGUCGCAAACGGGUGCGGUCCAGGUGCUGAUCACCUCACUGCGCUCGCAUGUGACCAAACUGCGCGUGUCCAAGCGACCGGGCAUGCAGCAGGCGGAGUUGCUGUCCGAUGACACAGCGCCAUCGCAAUCGGGUAUCUGGAAUAGCAUUGCGAAUAGUUUUGGCGGCAACAGUGGCACUGGUGCAGCCGAUGAGGAUUUGGAAACCAUUAACAUCUUUUCGGUGGCCUCGGGGCAUUUGUAUGAACGUCUGUUGCGCAUUAUGAUGGUAUCGCUGCUGAAGCACACCAAGUCACCGGUCAAGUUCUGGUUCCUCAAGAACUAUUUGUCGCCACAGUUUACGGACUUCUUGCCGCAUAUGGCCAAGGAUUACAAUUUCCAAUAUGAGCUGGUGCAAUACAAAUGGCCGCGUUGGCUCCAUCAGCAGACGGAGAAACAGCGCACGAUUUGGGGCUAUAAGAUACUUUUCCUGGAUGUGCUCUUCCCGCUGAAUGUGCGCAAGAUUAUCUUUGUGGACGCGGAUGCGAUUGUGCGCACAGAUAUCAAGGAGCUGUAUGAUUUGGAUUUGGGCGGUGCUCCCUAUGCGUAUACACCGUUCUGUGAUUCGCGCAAGGAGAUGGAGGGUUUCCGGUUCUGGAAGCACGGCUAUUGGCGUAGCCAUCUGAUGGGCAGACGUUAUCACAUCUCUGCUUUGUAUGUGGUGGAUCUGAAGCGAUUCCGCAAGAUUGCGGCCGGUGAUCGAUUGCGUGGCCAGUAUCAGGCACUCAGUCAGGAUCCGAAUAGUUUGGCCAAUCUGGAUCAAGAUUUGCCCAACAAUAUGAUACAUCAGGUGGCAAUUAAAUCGCUGCCGGAUGACUGGCUGUGGUGUCAGACGUGGUGCAGUGAUAGCUCGUUCAAGAGCGCCAAGGUCAUUGAUCUGUGCAACAAUCCACAGACCAAGGAGGCCAAAUUGACGGCCGCUCAGCGCAUUGUGCCCGAGUGGAAGGAUUACGAUGCGGAGCUUAAGGCGCUGCUGGCACGCGUUGAGGACCAUGAGAAUCACAAUAGCGCUGGCAACAGGGAUAAUCCAACAGAUGACGAGGAUGAUGAUCAUGUGGUCAUUUUAACAGAGCCAACGCCACAUGAUCGCGUCCAUGGAGAGCUGUGAUCGCUGUCAUCUAAUUGUUUAGUAAAUUUAAGCCUAAUGUCCUCUAUACUUGGUAAAUAUUAAAUUAGCUAAGCUCAAUAACACUCUAGCAAGCAAGCCAACAAUAUUUUAGACAUUUUAAUUAGUAAUUAAAACUAAAGAAAAACAGUAACAAAAAAUGCUACUGCAAGUCUGAAAUAAAUUUUGCAUUCCAAGAGCCUCUCGCCACGAUUUGAACUCAGCUGAAAUUAACUUAAUAAACGAAUUAAUCGAAUGAAUGCAAA